AUGAGCUAUUUAGAGCAUUCGCAACAGCCAAACCCGCUGUCUCAACAUCAAAAACAGCAUAGUCAACAACAACAACAACAACAGCAGCAAACAUCUCAAUCACAGUCACUGUACCCACAACAAAUGAAUAAUAUAUUUUCCAACCAGCCUUUUCAAAGAUCACAACAACCAUUGUCAAAUUUAACGAGUCCUCCAGCGUUGCAACCUCAGCAACAAUCCCAACCAAUUCCUCCUCAACAAUUAACCACACGAAGUAGAGGGGACUCGAUUUUUUUGCCUCCACCCAUAUCUUCAUCUCAAAUUCGACCAACUUCUGAGCAGUCGUAUGAGACAACAACUGCCAACCCGCGCCUAAAUCAAUCCAGCGGCAACCCACUUGGGUCACGCUCAAACAGUAUAUUCAGCUCGCUCAUUAAUUUGCCAGGCUCCAAUGGUAACUCGAUCAGUGAGCAGUCAGGCGUAUCUUCUCAGCAACCACAGGCAGCUGCAGCUUCUGCGGGCGGAAGCAACAACAAAAUCGUUAGCACUGGAAAUCAAGCACCAAAUUUACCGCCUACAUCUCGCUCACGUCAAAUUUCGCUAGUUCCAAACCAGGAGUUUACCAUUGAAGAUUUGGAAAAUCUUUUUGGCAACAAUAAGGAAAGCAUGGCCAACCUCUUUGCCUGGCAACAAGGAGAUUUAAAGUUUUCACUCAGUGGUGCUUCUGGAGGACCUGCAGGGAACAACUCUACUGCGGGUGCUGGUGCGGCAGUGGCUGGGACUGUUUCUGCCCCUGCUCCAAAUGCUGGAACCAACGCAAAGGGCAAAAGUGGCUCGCUUGAUUUGUCGGCUUGGAUGGAUAAUUCUAACCAAGCGGGAUCAAUAGGGUUCAACAAUAGUAUCACGGAAAUCAUACAAAACAUGAUCUCCAAUGGAUCAAUAGAUUUCAGCAACAUGAAUAAUCAACAACGUCGUGAUUCAAUUUUGAAAAUUAUAAAUAACCAGACGUCACUGAGGAAUCCACGAGUAUCAAUUUCUUCAGCCAACUCUUCAAAUGCGAGUGCAAAUUUGAGACUGGAUAUUUUCGAAAAGGGAAAAGAAAAGCUGAGCACUAAGCAAAGUAUUGAUGGAGGAAAUAAAGGCAGAAGUAGGCAAGGUAAGCGUUCAAAAAGUAAGUCUGAAAAAGAAUUGUCGCCGACUUCUUCUGUGUCAUCAAAAGCAUCAAAACGCAACGAUGAACCUCAGUCGCCGAAAACGUCGCCAAAUUUAUACAACACUAACCGUAUUUCAGACGCGUCUUCUUACCCUCCUACCGCAUACAACCAACGCCCUUCAGCAAAUUCACUGUCGCAAAACGUUUUCCAAACUAGCGCCAAUCCAAUGUCCCCUUCAAACCAGUAUCAGUACUCCACGUUCCCCAGCUUUAAUAAUCUGCUUUCCUUCCAAGCAAUGCUGCCAGGUGGUAAUCGCCAAAAUAGUUUUAUGGGUGGAUACCAGUAUCCUCUUCAAAAUCAACAACAGCAAAUUCAAGGACAAAUGCCCCCUCAACAAAUGUAUUCACAAGUCAGCCGUCCGCAAGUGCAACCGUAUCAACAGCCGUAUUUGCAGCAGCAACAACCACAGCAGCAACAACAACCACCUCCACAGCAGCAGCUGCAAUACUACAUGCCUCAACUGCAGCAAUAUCCACCACAGCCUCAAUAUCAACAGCAACAGCAACAACUUCAACAGCAAAUACAAGAGCUGGGAUCAUCGAAGAAAAGGAAACAACCGGCAAAGCGUACACGUCAAACGAAAGACGCUGUUGAUUCUGUCAACCCACAAGCUGUUUCUCCAGUGAAUCCAAAUCUAAUCCCGGCUCAGCAAAUUGCCAGAUCAGAGGAUGGUAGGCCACUUCUAGGAGCUACCAAAAUUGAUCAAUUAAUGUUGGUGAUCCAAGCUCGUGACAAGGGGGUGACUAAAUCAAUUGACCAAGGGCCAGAUGGAAGUGUUUUGGCUGCACGAGGGGGGUAUGGACCGGGAAGUCAACCGGCUCAAAGCGAGAUUGUUCCACGCCCGGUCACACUUGUUGGCGGCGUUGACAAGCCACAAAAACACAAGUCAGACUCAUCUCAUGAGGAAGGAGAAGAUGAGCAUGAUAGUAAACGUCACAAGGCCAGGACGCAACAAUGUCCGUAUUGUUUAAAAUACUUUACGCAGUCGACUCAUCUUGAAGUUCAUAUUCGUUCUCAUAUUGGGUAUAAGCCAUACGAGUGUACUUAUUGUCACAAGAAGUUUACUCAAGGAGGUAAUUUACGAACUCACUUGAGGUUGCACACGGGUGAGAAGCCAUUCACGUGUGAUAUUUGCAAUAGGUCCUUCAACAGGAAGGGGAACCUUGAAGCCCAUAGGUUAACUCAUGAGAAUGUGAAACCGUUUGAAUGCAAGUUGGACAAUUGUGACAAAUCAUUUACCCAGUUGGGAAACUUAAAGUCUCAUCAGAAUAGGUUUCAUUCGCAUACAUUGAACACGUUGACGCAUAAACUAGCAGAGUUGAGUGGACCGGCUUUGGAACGAUUACCGCCUGAUGAAAAGAAUUUGUUAUUGUACUUUAAGAGCUUGUAUAAAAAUUCAAACAAGGGUAUUAGAGGAAGGGGUAAGCAACAAAAGGAAGGGUCAGAAGGCUCCUUGGCUAGUCCUGAAGCCACAGUGAGUUGA